UGCAGUGUUUUGGAAUGAAAGAUUCGAUUUUUGAUGUACUGUUUUAUUUUUGUUGAUAAGAAUAAUAAAGUAUUAAAUAUUUAAGAAAAAUGGGAAAAAAUAAAAGAACGCGAAGAGUUGUUAUGCAGAAGUUUGCACAAAUGAAGAAAAUGAUAAGGUUGACUGAUACAAGAAUAAAACCAGAACAACGUUUACCAUCGAAAAAAGGUAAAAAAGAAAGUCAAGCUGAGUUUAAAAUAACAGAAGCGCCUCAGCAGUCCUCUGCAUUGUUCUUUCAAUAUAAUACACAAUUGGGACCACCUUACCAUGUCUUGAUAGAUACAAACUUUGUUAAUUUCUCAAUUAAGAAUAAGUUGGACAUCAUAGAAAACAUGAUGGAAUGUCUAUAUGCAAAAUGCAUUCCUUAUAUAACAGACUGUGUAGUGGGUGAAUUAGAGAAGCUGGGUCAGAAGUAUAAGAUAGCUUUAAAGAUAAUAAAAGACCCUAGGUUUGAAAGAUUACACUGCCUGCAUAAAGGCACAUAUGCUGAUGACUGUCUUGUUAAUAGGGUGACUCAACAUAAAUGCUAUAUAGUUGCGACCAAUGACAAAGAUCUAAAAAGGAGAAUACGAAAAAUCCCGGGCGUGCCUAUAAUGUACGUUGCUCAGCAUAGGUAUACCAUAGAAAGAAUGCCGGACGCGUACGGAGCCCCCAAAAAAUAA